GCCCUCUGCCGAAACCACCCUCCUCCGACGCCUGGUAUCUUUCCCCUCCUUCCUGGCGCGGAAGCCUAGCUCACGCCAUCGCCCUUUUCGCCCGUGCACGCGCCUCCAGCCUCCUUCCGCAUCGAAGGAACUCUCUGCUCGCCCUCGUCGUGGUUAUCCUGAUCACUUCUGCGGCUCUACUGGUAUUGGACUGGCGUGGAGCGGAGAUCAAUCAAUACUUGGGGUUCGUUUCUUUCGCUGGAACUUAUUCACUGCCUCGUAAAAGAAGGAACUUAUUUGCUGGAAUUGGAGGAUGGGGUUACUACAUUAAGUUUGAGGGUCAGCUUAUUAAGCAUCCUUGCAAUAGACCGAUGACUCCAAAAUGGAGCGAGUGCCCUUCAAAUAGUUACAGAGAAGAAUCUUUGCAUGAAAGUGAAAAUAAGGAUGGCAAUGUUUAUAAAAGGAGAAAGAUGGAUAAAGAUUCAAAUGCCCUUGUAGCAGAUGAAGAAGUUAAAGAAAUGGCAACUAAAAGUUGCACUACCGCUGAAGAUCACUCUUCCUUACUGCGCCCUAAUCCCUCAGAUCCAACAUUCUCAAUUGUGACAGCAGGUAAGAUAGACCCUGUCCUUGAGAUUGAAGAGCCUGCUGGAGUUUCUUUGGAGCCAAAUUCUGGUGUGAACAAGACAUGUUCAGUGUCAAGUAUGCUGCCAUCUUCCGUGAUGCUAGACAAAAAUGCUGCUGCUGAAUGUUCCUCAUCAUAUAUGAGCCCUAUAGAACUGAUAACAGAGAUCACAUCAGCAAGGGAUCUAUGCAUUGCCAUAUUGAGAAAAGAUGGGCUUCUCACCGAGUCACGAACUAGAAUCACUUCAGAGGAAUCGGCUGAUUGUAAUGCCAACUGUUUGCUGGCAUGCAAUACUUGUGGGAGCUUGGAUGAUCCACUAAAGAUGCUUAUAUGUGAUUCCUGUGAAGCAGCAUUCCAUUUGUCUUGUUGCAUCCCUUGUAUUAAGGAGGUACCAGUUGGUGAAUGGUAUUGCCCCCCAUGCUUCAGGAAGAAACCUAAGAGUCUUUAUGGUAAACUGUCAGAGGGAAAGGUGAAGUCUUCCGGGAAUAUGGAGCAAAGGCCUCAUGGCAUGAGUCAUAUAGAGUACAUGUUCAAAGAUGCUGAACCAUAUGUUUCUGGGGUUCGAAUUGAUAGAGAUCUCCAAGCAGAAGUGCCAGAAUGGUCUGGCCCCACUUUCAGUAGCGAUGGUUAUUUUGAAGCGCCCUCUGAAUUUUAUCCUGCUGAAGUCAAGAAAUUGAAUUGGUGUUCAAUGAAUAACCACAUCAGAUCUUCAAGUUCAACUGGUAAUUGGAUACAAUGCCGUGAGAUCUUGAGCACAAGAGAUUCUAACAAGCCAGUAAUCUGUGGCAAGUGGAGAAGGGCUCCCUUAUAUGUUGUUCAGACAGAUAAAUGGGAUUGUUCUUGCUGUCUUCCUUGGGAUCCAGCCCAUGCUGAUUGUGCUGUUCCACAGGAAUUGGAUACAGAUGAGGUUUUAAAGCAGCUGAAGUUUGUAAAUAUGGUGAAGAGUAGGAUGGCUGACCGUAAUCACAAGCUUGCUUAAAUGUGGGGAUGGCACAAUCAUGAAAUUCCCAACAAAGGGUUAUUGUGCUCCAUUUCAUGAUGACAUGUAGUGAGCCAUCUGUUGUAGCCUCUUCAUUUAAUUUUUUUUUGCGGGGGAGCCUCUUCAUUUAAUUGACAAUGGUCAUCCUCUCCCCUUAAAAUUGGCAUCAUAGUUUUGGAUCCAAAAGAGUUGUGCAACAUAGGGUUUGUUCAGGCAGUUUUUGAAGCAGUGUGCCGCUACUGAUUUUAGCUGUUCGCUGCCAAACAAUCUGCACCCAGUUUUGUUCAAUGUAACUUUUGGAUGAGCGGAGGAAACUAAACCAACGCUAUAGAUGUCAGUUUUGGCUAUGAUUGUUAUUUAAUGGAUUUGACUUGAGGGUUGUAUCUUAAGAGGGGACCAAGUUGGAUCCCAUUUUGUAAUGCGUGUCAGUCAUGUGCUUGUAGAAUCUGUAGAUAUUGGAGUUCUUCGAUGGCCCCAAAGUACUGACAUUUUGAAUCUGCCGUGGCCAUUUUCUAUAGAAAGGAAAUAAGCAAACACCAGAUUCUGCAUUGGAUAUA